GGUAUACAGUGACGCUUGAUUCGUGAUGCCGACACUAGAAAUCGAUUGGAACGACCGCACCUCGAUCACGGGCGCGGUACUGGUGAUAUAUGCUAUAUACUGGGUAUUCAACGCAGUAUACCUCCUCUAUUUCCACCCACUCGCGAAGUUCCCGGGACCCAAGCUGCCGGUGAUAACGGCGUGGUAUACAUUCUACCAUGACGUUGUAAGACCUGGCAUGAUGAUGUGGGAGAUUGAGAAAUGGCAUAGGAAAUAUGGUCCCAUUAUUCGGAUCAACGCAGACGAGAUCCACAUCAAGGACUCGCAUUUCUAUGAGACCCUGUAUGCUCCUAAGGGGAGGAAGGCCGAUAGAUGGGCUCGAUUGAGUACCAUGUUCGGAACCCCAGAGAGCGUGUUCGCGGCUUCGGACUCGAAGACCCAUAAAGAGCGCCGAACACCCCUGAACCCAUUCUUUUCUCGAAGCACCGUUUCUAAGCUAGAGCCAGUUCUGCAGGAGAAGGUCUCGAAGCUUACUACUCGACUAACAGGGUUCGUUGGGGAAGGUGAUACGGCGCUGGUGAAAGCCCGAGCGGAGGAACGGAGAAUCUUAGGUCGCGAGGAGGGAUGGAUAGGUGGUAAGGAGAUUCGGACCCGCGAACCCAAGCCCGACCCAGGAGGCGUCGUACGACUGGAUGUCGCCUUUUUUGCGCUCACUCAGGACGUCGUCUGCGAUUAUUCGUUCGCGAAGGACUGGAAGCACCUCGAUCAUGCCCAUUUCAAUCCCGAAAGUAAGGACUCGCAGACCGAAGGCUUGGAGGCAGUGGGGAUUAUUAGACUCUUCCCAAUGUUACCUAUGUACCUGCAAGAGUUGCCUCGAUGGGCCGCUGCCUUGGUUAGUCCGGCUUUCGCGAUGUAUUUGGAUUCCAAGCUCGCUAUUCGAAAGGAGAUCAUCAAAAUUAUGGAAGGGAAAGUUAAAAAGGAGAGUAAGAGUGACAGAACCGUCUUCGAUGCGUUAAUCAACAGCGACCUUCUACCAGAGCAUAAGACUUUAAAUCGACUGACCGCAGAGGGCAGUGUGUUGAUUAUAGCGGGCACGGACACAACGGCCAGAGCUUUAUCGUUCAUUUUCUUUUAUCUUUUGAAGGAUAAGGAAAUGUACGCUAAGCUCAAGGCUGCCCUGAUGGAGGUGAUGCCGGAUCCGAACAAUGUACCCCCCUGGAUCGAGUUAGAGAAAAUUCCGUACCUGUACGGCUGCAUGCGUGAAGGGUUGAGGCUCUCCCAUGGUUUGACUAGUCGGCAAUCUCGUGUAUCCAACCAACCGGUAAAGUACAAAGGCUGGGAAAUCCCACCGAAUACCCCCGUAUCAGAAUCUGCGUACUUCGUUCUCUCCGACCCAGAAAUCUUCCCAGAGCCGGAGAAAUUCGUCCCAGAACGGUGGAUGGGCACAGCAGCGCAGAGGUCGAAUCUCGAGAGAUACAUGGUGAGCUGGGGCAAGGGAAACCAACAAUGCCUUGGAAUGCACCUCGCCACUGCGGAGAUCGUGCUUGCUACCGCAGUCAUCGUUAGGAGGUUCGAGAUGGAGCUCUAUCGGACAACAUUAGAGGAUGUGCAAGUGCAUCACGAUAGCUUUGUGGCUGCUGUGGUUCCAUGGUCGAGAGGAAUUCGCGUUAUCUUGACCGAAAGUGUUUGAACUUCCACCAGGUUGGGGAUGUGCCAAACUCCCAAUCCUUGGGCUCCUUCAUGUUUAGAAUCGUACGUCUACAUUUGUUUUGCAGGGCUCACUUG